CCGCUUCACAGCCCUGGUCUUUCCGUCUGAAUCUCCAGACAGCGUGGCGUCGCUCUUUUCAAACGGUAAACUUUCAGUGCCAGAAGAAAAUUUGCGGACUUUUGUGGUUUCUUGCGAUUUAGCUUCGCUUGCUAAAAUGUUUAAUGCACGUGCUAUGGCUGUGGGUCCUUCGGCCAUCGAUGACCGGCAACUGGCUCACAAUUUGAUGGAGGUGCAGCAGGAAUUGUCCUGCCUGCUGGAGUCUAACGAAAAUUCCACCGAGCCGUGUGCUGCUGCUUCUCUGCAGUCCCAGGACCCUGUCAGCGAGGCCAGCAGCUCGUCGUCGGGCAUUUUGUCGGAGAUCCAACAGAAUUUCCGGGUGCUCCGCCUGGACAACAAUGCACCUCGCUUCGAGUUCCACGGCUGGGGAUGCUUGCAACAGCUCCAGAAGCGUUCCCGCCACUUUGGCUACGGCGGGGCUCCGGCCAAGAAGUCCCGAUCCGGUGGCACCGCCUGUUUGCUGGUCACCGGGCCCAAGCAGGAGCAGCUGCAGAAGGAGAACGCGUGGAACCAGCAGCGCCACGAGGAGGCGAACAACCCGACACAGCCCAUGACCAUGGCUAAACUGCGCUCGAUUGGUCUGUACGGCGAUUGCCUGGAGCACAAUGCCGUGCUGCGCGUGAUGGAUCUGUUCAGGUCCCUGCAUGACCACCUGACCGCCGAUCUGGGCUUUUCGCGCCAAAACUCCAUGCCAUCCGACUACCUGUUCAACAUGCCCGUCAAGAACUCCAUGCCCAAGAGCCUUAAUGUGCGCUACCAGCUGCAGGUGCUGUGCACCAAAACGGAGCGCUUCCUGAUCAAACAGCGUCGCAUCCUGGAGACAAAUCGCAGCUUCGACUACGACAAAUACAACGAGUGCGACAAGUUGAUCAAGGGCACGACCUCCUACCUGCAGUCCUUCAACCAGUUUAUGAGCAUCGAAAUGCGCCAUCGCAACGGAAACUUUAUGAACCAGUCGGCCAAGUUCAAUGUGCAGCGCCUGGAGAGCUUGCUGAUUGGCCUGCGCGAGUGGCUGAAGGCCACGCACCUCAGUGUGCACGUGUUCAACUGGGAGAUGGACCUGGAGCACCGCUACUCGGCGGCCAUGACCGAGAGCCACAAGACCAUGCAGGAGCGAGCCUUCCUCUUGGCCGGAGCCGAGCUGGAGGCGGCCAAGCCACGCGUUCCGACUGACGAGGAGCUCUACAUCGCUAAGAGGUACAAGCUAGAGCGGCUGAUGGCCUGUGCCAUCGAGCAGGACGAGUUCCUCACCGCCCUGCUCGCCCAUCCGGAGACCUACUUCCCGCCCCACGUUGUGGCCAUUUGUGGAGCACCCAAGGGCGUUGUAGACAUGGAAGAUGAUUCUGCCGAGAUGGAGGAAUAUGAAGAGGAAGCGCCUUCAUCUCCGCCACGAAGCAACGAUCGCACAUUUUUCCGCUUCAGAAGCUAAACUGGAUUUGUAAGGAUCGACAAAAGUACACCGGCAAAUUGGCAUUUUAAGAAAUUACCAUGCUCCAAGGUAUCUAUACAUAUCCUGUAACCUAUAAGUACUUUAUGAAAUACUCUGAUCAUAAUUCAGAAGCAUCUCUGUAACCCAAAGAGACCACAUUUAAAAGGCGAAAGCCAACUUAUUUGACCAAGUCGAAAAUGAUUUUUCAAUCAAACUGGAUGCCUUUGUAGCCCUAAGAUUUAUUUUACACUUUUAAUAAGUAUUUGUACGUUCAUUAAUCCCAAACCCAAACGAAAAUGAUUUGUAAUUUAUCUUUUAACUUUGGCUACCAAAUGGUACCAACUUAUUCAUUAAUAAUAAGCCAAAAUUAAUAUUAA